AUGUUCCACGCCGGCGACCUCAAUAGCGGCAUCUCCGCCGCCAUCUCGGAGCAGAAGCUCGUCGCCUGCUUCAUCGCCGCCCCGCCUGACAGCUCCGCCAACAACUCCGCCAACACCUCCGCCGACUCGACACUAUGGGAGGAGGAGUGGUUACCGGACUUGCAAGAGAUCAUUGCCGACAAAGCUGUGUUGUUACGCAUGGAGAGAGGCAGUAAGGAGGCCGGCUUCCUCAACGCUUUUUGCAGCAUCGACCGCGCUCCGACGCUCAUCGUGGUGCAUAAUGGGAGGGUGCUGGAGAAGCUGGAGGGUGGGGUUAGUAGAGAUGACUUCGUGGAGCGGCUGUUGAGAGCGCUCGGUGUGGAAGGGAUGGAUGAGAGCGCGACGGCGGAGGAUGCGACGGUGGAAGAAGCGACAGCUAGCGGUCCUGUGCACCCAGACGCAGCCCCCUUACAGCCCACGCAAUCAACACCCGCGCAGGCCUCUUCAACCCCCCAACAACUCUUUCCCGACCGCGCCGCCCGCCUCGAAGCAGACCGUCUCGCCCGCGAAGCCGCCGAGAAGGAAGCCCGGAACGCUCGCACCGAAGCCCGACGCAAUGAAGCAGAAGAAGCGCAUGCCGCACACCAAGACAAAGGCAAACAGCGAGCGACCACCGAAAACAGCGAGAAGCAACGAGCCCGUGACGCCUGGAUCUACGAGCAGAAACAACGCAAAGACGAAGCCAAGAAGGAACGCGAACGAAUCCUCAAUCAGAUCGAAAGCGACCGACAGGAACGCAAAGCCAAGGCCGCAAGAGCGAAGCAGGCAGAGACGCAGCAGGAAGGUGCCAGCAGUCCUCUACCCGACGCACGUAUGGCGGAGACGAAGCGGAGCGCAGGUGCGGGCGGGAUGUGUUCCCUCCAGCUCCGCCUCUUCGACGGCACCAGUGUGCGCGGACGUUUCUCCGCCCCCACCGCCACCCUUGCGAAAGACGUCCGCAACUUCGUGAAAGAACAAGCACCGCCCGGCUCAGGAGGGGCAGAUAUCCCCUACAGCUUCCGGCAAAUCCUCGCUCCGAACCCGUCUCGUUCCAUUGAGGUAAGCGAGGAACAUCAGACCCUCUCCGAACUGGACCUCGUUCCCAAUGCCACGCUCGUGCUCGUCCCCGUCGCGGGCGCGGUAGCAAGUGCUUACAACCCAGCGGAUGCCGGAUACCUCGGCUGGGCCUCCUCAUGGCUCAAUUACGGGUACUCAUCUUUACCAAAUGUGUCCUACUACCUCCCAAGUUUCUCCCGGCUAUACAUGGGCGGCACCGCGGAUCCAAGCGAACGAAGCAACGUCGAGGGAGCGGCGAUGGCGGGCGCAGAUACUUUGCCGGCGGCUGCUGAUGCUGGGGAAGGGUCGGCUGCGAAAGUCAGGGUGAAGACGUUGGCUGAUCAGCGCGAAGAGCAGAGAAAGAGGGAGGGGACGGAGUUCUAUAAUGGGAAUAGUUUGGGUUUCGAGCCUAGGAAGGGGGACGAGGACUGA